AGCCAACCAAAAAUAUUAUUUUGUAUUUUGUGAUAUUUGAAGAUUAUUUUUUUGUUUUACAUUUUCAGGAAAAUGAAGCAAGAAAAUACAGGGUCUACUUCAAAGAAAAAAGAGGAAAAGAAAAAUGGAAAGGGAAAACAAGUAGAAGAGGAGAAAAGCAGUAAACGAAAAGCUACUGAUAUACAAGGGAAGAAAACGGAUGUGAAGAAAGGAAAAAUUGCGGAAGUGGAUGAGGACGAGGAUGAAUAUGAAGAUGAGGAAGAUGAGGAAGAUGAAUAUGAGGAUGAGGAGGACUAUGACGAACUGGACGAGGAGGAAGUGACAGAAGAUGAGGAAGAAUAUGAAGAAGAAAGUGAGGAAGGAGAAGAGGAAGAAUUAGAAGAUGAGGAAGAAGAAGAGGAGGAGGAGGAGGAGGAGGAGGAAUCUGAAUUUGAAGAAGAACUGGGUGGAAAGCCAACUGAAAAUGAAGAGGAUGAAGAUGCUCACACAUUUGAACAAGGAAUGGAUCUGUUUGAAGCUGUAUGUGAUUACAAUGCUGAGCAAGAUGGAGACCUGAGUUUCAAAGUUGGAGACAUCUUGACAAUUAUCAAUACAAG